GCAGCUGUCUUCGAGGGACGACUUGAAACGGUUCAUACACCUAGCAGCGGCAUCGAAUAGUGGCAGUCUUCUUCGGAUCGCUUCGACCGGUGCAAGUGUUUUCCAGCAGCUCCUCAAAGUCUCAUCAUCUUUUUGUUUGAAAUCUCCGUUUAGUUUUUCAAUUUUCGGUUUGUUAUUCCCUACCCUCGUACGGAGUGCGAUUCUACACGGAGGCGUUGAAUUGUCAUCAACAAAAUCGGAUCGUCUUGAGCUCAUCACUUCGUUUUAUUUUCAAAAAAAAACAAAAAGGUUCGCCAUUUGUUAGACGAGCGAAACACAGUCUAUCGCAUCUCUCGUUGCUGCCAUACGUUGGGCAGCGGAUUCCAAAGGGACAUCGAACGGAGCCUUCACUACCUUCUAAAUAUUCGGGAAUAAUGAAAAGCCGGGGGUCGACAACCAUGCCAGCUCUGAUGGCUCUGCUCUUCGCCGUCCUUCAGGUGAGCGUGGGCCAGAAUGCGCUCGGUCAGGAACCUUGGCAACAGGAACGCCCUGUGAACCUUCCGCAAAUUCAGAAUCUGGAAGUGAUGUGCGCCAAGGAUCACAUGGAAGUGCAGUUGUCUUUCGACAAGCCCUUCACCGGCCUCGUCUUCUCCAAGGGCCAAUUCGGCCAGGACAACUGCGUCUACGUCCACCCGAAAUCGAGCCGCACCAAUUUCCGUUUCUCCAUCAUCUACAACGGAUGCGGAACGAAACCGGACGCCAAGGGCAAGUUCUACGAGAACACGGUCGUCGUCCAGUACGACGAAGAGCUCAUCGAAGUGUGGGAUGAAGCCAAACGUCUGCGUUGCGAAUGGUACAACGAUUACGAGAAGACGGCCACCAAACCACCGAUGGUCAUCGCCGAUCUCGAAGUCGUCGAACUCAAUUUCCGAGGUGACAACGUCGAUUGUUGGAUGGAGAUUCAAAACGGGAAAGGACCGUGGGCGAGUCCAAUCAGUGGCAUCGUUCCACUCGGCUCCACACUGACCAUGGUGGUCGCCAUCAACGAUCUAGCCGGUGAAUUCGACAUGCGCGUCAAAUCGUGCGAAGCGUCAGAUGGCGUUAACAGACCGAUCCAGCUGUCGGACGAGCACGGCUGCGUCCUCCGCCCCAAAAUGGUGUCCAAGUUCUUGAAAUUGCGCAGCAACGACGGCCGUUCGACUGUCAUGAGCUACGCUUUCUUCCACGCUUUCAAGUUCCCCGACUCGCUCCAGGUUUACAUCCGCUGCAAAGUGGAAAUCUGCCGUCACGGAUGCCCGGAGCAUUGCGACAAGACCAUCAGCCGAGCGGUCGAUCAGCAGCUGGCCUACACCAGCGAGACCAAGGCGUCGUACAGUCCGGCCGGAUCAGCUCCGAUUGCAGCCUUCUCCCCGAUUCCGGCGCAACAGAAAUCCGCCUACGAACUGCCUCCUCAACCAGUUCCCGUCCGCAAUUCGUUGCCGCCAGUGCUGCCACCUCAGGGGCAACAGUAUUUAGCUCAAAGGCGGACGCCCCUUCCGGCGACUCCAGUUAAAGAACCAGAAGUGGAACAGCCCAGCAGCAAGCGUCCGUUCUUUGGCCUCCUCGGACGCAAUAAGGCGAGCAGUGCUGAUCGUUCCACUCGUCCUGGACUCUUCCAGAAGAAGAAGGACAAUUUCAGUCCAGUUGCCUCCGCACAGGUGGCUCCCCCACCUCAAGCGCAGGCUCAGGUAGUCGACGUGCCCAUUCCGAUCCCGGGCAGCCGGACACAGGACGAAGGGCUGAUGGUCUCUCUUCCUUCUUCCAUUUCCAUCGACCGCCCUGAGGCUAAAGAGAACAAGAAACCCGAGGACAAUAAAUAUUCAGAACGCGGACCGGGCAAAUUCCCGCACGGACCGCGCAGUCUCAAUUUCGAUAAAUUCGACAUCGCUCACAUUCACGACCUGAGCCAAUACGAAGUGAGGGAAAGGAAAGAGGGCGUCAAGAGCCGAUCGAAGCGCUCGUACGCCAUUCACGAACGCCACGUGCGCAGCGCCGAUGUUGGCGUUAAGGUCGGCUACGAAGUCAUCUCGGCCGUCGAUUUGGCUUUCUCGUUGAACAGCAAUUCCACCAAUAACGACGGAGACAUGCCCAGCGUCACCAUUUUCCAGGGCAAGAUCCGCGAGGAAGUCGUCUACGGAAUUUGUUUGCCCGCUCCGGGCUUCUCGGCCCUGUUCGUCCUAUUGGCCAUGUGCGUCGUCAUAUCCGUGCUGGUCGCAUCCUUCCUCUGCUACCACCGGCAAUUGCAAAAAGCUGACCACGAUGGCCCGUCUCAUCCGCACAUGAGCGUGGUCGGAAGCGUCGUCGCACCUUCUAUGCCGUUCCGUGACUGGAGCACGGUCCACUUUAUCCGCAAUCCGAGUAAAUCUGUUUUAGAGACCCAGUCUUAAGUGGCGGAAAUGAACCAGCCAAGAGCAUCGUGAAUUGUUUGAUCAAUGCCCACACGUUUUUGAAGUAAAACAAAACAAAAACAGACUCACAAACACAGUACAGAACAGGGCGGGAUGGGCGAAGGUUUGAUUUGGAUUUUGUUUUCUUUGGUUUCAAAAUCAUUUUUUAUUUAUUUAUUUUUUUAAUUAUUCUCUCAGUUUUUGUUGAACGAAUUUCAGCCCAAUUUCGAAUCGUAUUUGGAAACAAACGCCCCGUAUUUUUUGUUUUUUUUUUUUCUGAAUCUCUCUUGAAAACAUCAUGCGGACCGGUUAGGUUUAUUUAUUGAAUCUUUAUUUAUUUAAAAACUUUGGAGCAUUUGUCUUGUUAUAGUGGGCUGAUUCUCGAGGUCUCGACAAACGAGCAAAAGUUUACCGACUGAGACGAAAGUCGUGGGCUGUCGGCGGAUUUCUCCAUUACCUUUUUUUUUCAUUAUUAUUGUAUGGGUUUUAUCUUUUCUUUUAACAAAGGUGUUAAUUUUAGUUUCCCCUGAAACGCAAAAGGUUUUUUUUUAAUUCCUCCUCCUACACCUACACCUACACCGGACACAAUUUUCCAUCUCUUCCAUCUCAAAUUUCGUUAUUUUGAUCUAUGCUCAAAGGCCCUUAAAUUAUUCCAUCUUUUUGAAAUUCCUUUUUUGUUAGGUGGACCUUGUUUCUUUGAAUUGCCACCAUUUUGUUUUUUGUUUUUUUUAUAAUUUAUUCAUUUUUUUGUUCGGUUUUUGUUCCGCAACAGGGAAGAAUUUAAUUUUUUUUUUUUUUUCUGAAUGAUUUUCGAUUUUUGAAUAUCGAUCAUUUCUGUGGCUCUUUUUAUUCUAAUUUCCACAUCUGUUCUUGGGGCGGUUUUCACUUUUUGUCAUCAUUGAUUAUUUAUUGAGAAGAACAAGAUAUUUACAUACCACAAUCACGCACACACACACACACACACACACAAACACAAACGGGCAAGGGAGGAGAAACUGAUUUGUACACAACCUAACAUAUUUUAAGUCCUAUGAGAGUUAACCUCAUUUUCUUUUUGUCCCCUUUGUUCUUCUAAUUAUUAUUUUUGAAUUUUUUUAUUUAUCCUUCUCUACAUCCGUCUAUUUCUCAUUAUUUGGAUUUGUAUCAAGAGAUUGACGAUACGGAAGAAUUGAUUCCAAUACAUUAAUGUACAAUUCGUUGGGAACCCGCGUACAGCGGCGACUAACGAACAAACGAAA